CGGGUCAUCUCGUGUUCAACCGGACCGCCCUUUCCAAUCUUCCCUCAUUCCCCAGAGCCUUUGGAUACCCGGUAUUCAAGAUGUCUGCCCCUUCGAUCACCAACUACAUCGUCAAGCGCCCAUGGCUCAAGCGCUGGAUGACCCCUCUGGCCAAUUGGUACACUGAUGCCGCCGGCUACAGGAAGCUUGGACUGAAGUUCGACGACCUCAUCCCCGAGGAGAGCGAGGUUGUCCAGAAGGCCAUCAAGCGUUUGCCUUCCAAGGAGGCCUACGACCGUGUCUUCCGCAUUCGCCGCGCAUUCCAGUGCUCCAUUUCCCACACUCUUCUUCCCCCCAACGAGCAGAUCAAGCCCCACGAGGACGUUGAGUACCUCAGCCCCAUCAUCCGCGAGAUCGAGAAGGAGAACAAGGAGCGUGAUGACCUCGACAACCUCGUCGUCCGCAAGUAAACGCACCCGGCCAUCACUUGCCUGCCCU